UUCUCUUCCGUGGUAUGCGAGUAUUAUAUGGCCAGGCUUAAGACGAGGCGUGUUAAUACCGUGUAUAUAAGUAAAUGUAAGGUCUGGUACACAGCCACGGUCGCCUAAAGUUGAUUAUGUAUAUUCAAAUAUUUAAACUUACGUCAAAUAACUUAAACUGUUCGUCAACAAUUUAGUAUUUCUACCACCUUUAAAGCUCCCAGCGCCUGCUAGCCGCCUUUGACUUAGGAACCAAACUCACCUGGACUUGCAAUAACUCCUCCUCCUUGGCAGCAUGUUCCGGGGCCCACAGAUGGGGAUUGGGUCGUUGCUUCGACUAAUUGAGGCCCACACAAGUUCUGGAUGGCAUCUAAAAGAAUCCUUCCUGCACACAGAAACUGUAUCCCGUCUAAAAAAGGGCUUUCUUUUUAGCACUAACUGUGAAAAUCAAUUUCAGCAAGAGGACUCAUUUCAAGACCUUAACUCCAAGGUCCCUGCAAAGUCCAAACUAUUGUAUUCUUUUUGGAAGCACACUGAAGUGGAGGAUUAUGUCCAGAACCCAAAAAUUGUGAAUGCGCAUCAGGACUUUGUAUCCGGUCUUCCACCCUGGAGAAGACGUGUGAACAUUUUCAAGCCGUCGCACUCGCAUUUCACUAAUAAAAGUUACGGUAAUCAUUUCAGUUAUGGACAAAGAUCUUUACAAUGGUUAAAAGUCCAGAACAAAGCACAAGCCUAUUGCCACUCUUUUAACCAAACCAGAGCAGUUCUUGGAGCUUGGAGUGAUUGUCUAACACAGGAAAAUGAAAAGAGGUGUCGACAACUCCUGGGGCCCAAUGUGACAAUGUAUAAAGUGGACAAAAAGACAAAAGGCAGUCUGAGCAAAGGAAAAAGUCAGGGAAGAUGGGCGUCCAUUCUAGUGUCUCUCUGUAGUGUAGGAAAUGAACCGGCAUUUCUCUUCACGCUGCGCUCCAGAACGCUCACGGGCAGGCACAAAGGAGACGUCAGCUUUGCAGGGGGCAAGAGUGAUCCGUCAGACACUGAUGUGGUGGCCACUGCACUGAGGGAGGCACGAGAGGAGCUAGGUGUCAGUGUCUCUUCAGAAAGGGUGUGGGGUGUUCUCAAGCCUCUUAGGGACAUGUCAGGGAUGAUGGUUGCUCCUGUGCUGGCUAAUGUUGGUCCUUUUGAGGAGUUAUCCUUCAAUCCAAACCCAGGAGAGGUGGAAGAGAUUUUCACAUUGUCCGUGCCCCAUUUGUGCGACCCUCGAAACCGUGGCUACACACACUUCCGCACAGGGGACAAGUACGGCUACACGUUGCCGGUGUUUCGUAACGGGAAGCAUCGAGUGUGGGGACUGACUGCUGUUGCCUUAGACCAGACGCUGAAGUUUCUUGUCCCGCCACACCUGCAGUGAAGGUUGAAGGUUGAAGAUUUUCGUAUUUGAAAAUGUGCAAUCAAGUUUAGUGUGGCACAUUCAUCUGAAUACUACUCUCAUGGAUAGUUUGACCUUUACAUGAUUACUGUAUUAUAACAUAAAUAUUCACAUAGGGAAAACCUUCCCUAAAAAUCCUGUUAUGUGAAAUGAGCAGCUUUAAUAUGUAUCAAACAUUUUUUUAUUAAGUUAAAAAAAUAUUUGCACAGACUAAAAAAACUAGUUAUUUAUGAUGCAAAGCAAUAUAAGCUAUAUAUGUGAACACCUUUAUAGUAUACAUACACACAUCACAAUGUGGUGUGUUGAAAAAAAAAUGCAUUAAAGAAACUAAAAAGUU